CCCCCCCCCCCCCAAUCUUAGCUCCCUGGAUCUCCCUUCAUGCCCCCCAAGGCUCCCUACAGCCCCGAGGCCCACCAUGGGUCAGAGCAGGGCAUCUCCACCACCACCCGGGUCAUGAAUUGUUAAAUAUCCCCUGCCAGGGCAGACCCUGGGCCUCUGUUGGGCCUCUGGGUGCAUUCAGCGCCGAUACAGCCCUGCGCUGGGUGGGGGGACACGGGAAGGUUGCUGUUUGAGGGCUUGGUAUGAGCUGGGGCAUGUCUGCACAGCGAGAGUAGCCGCUGCGGGCUCCCGAAGUGCUCCAGGGAGUGCUGCCCCAGCCCUUGGCCUCGCUGGAGGCACGGAGCGGUGUGCUGGGUCUCUGUCUCAACACAGAGGCCAUGAAGAUUAACCAGAACACUGUCCUGCAAGGAAAGAGGGUGACCUUGGUGCCAUACACUUCUGCACAUGUGCCCCGGUACCAUGAGUGGAUGCAGUCAGAGGAGCUGCAGCGCCUGACCGCCUCUGAACCACUCAGCCUGGAGCAGGAGUACGAGAUGCAGCGCAGCUGGCGGGACGACGCAGACAAGUGCACCUUCAUUGUGCUGGACACGGAGCGGUGGUCCGGGCAGGCGUGUGCGGAUGAGGACUGCAUGGUGGGGGACGUGAAUCUCUUCCUCACUGACACUGAGGAUCCGACAAUGGGCGAGAUCGAAAUUAUGAUUGCAGAGCCCAGCUACCGAGGCAGAGGGUUUGGCAAGGAGGCGACGCUGAUGAUGAUGUCCUACGGAGUGAGAAAGCUGGGGAUCACUAAGUUUGAGGCUAAGAUUGGUCAGGAAAAUGAAGCCAGUAUCUGCAUGUUCAAAAAGCUUCACUUUAAGGAGGUUGCUGUGAACAGCGUUUUCCAAGAGGUGACGCUGAGGCUGGACGUCAGUGACCAGGAGAGACGAUGGCUCCUGGAACAGACAAACCACGUGGAGGAGAAGAGCUACGUUGAACUGAAGCUGCCAGCUGGGGUGCUGGAGACCUGACGGGCGCAUCCAGACGCACAGGCCUGGUGUCCAGGGAGGAACUGGAUGCUGUUGUGAGGUCUGGGUGUGGAGGACACCAGCGAGCCAAACGCUGCACUUGACUGUUCCGAGCAGUCUCCUUCGGUUACUUUGUCACCUUGUCAACUUUGCACCUUGUUGCAUCAGCCGGGAACACUGCCUGAAAUUUAGACCUGGAGGACGGCCACUAAUUCACAGGCCAGGAAUGACUAUAUAGGAGUGACUCUAAUCUUAAUGUGCUGUUCCAGCAGAGCCUAAAAUCACCAGCAGUUAAUUGAUUCCUGGUGCGACCAGUUUCUGGACAAGCAGCACCCACUGCUCGUUCUUCCACUGCCCUUAGAGCAGGAUUCAUCUCUUCAACAAGCAGUUUCAGUGUGCUGGUAGCUCAGUCUGUUUUCUCUUGAAUAAAAAAAGAAAAGCUGACAAAAACCUGAGGUUUCCCGAGAGCUGUCUGGGAGCAGUGGGGCUCAGCUGCUCACUUUGGCUGGUGAAAGGGUGGUUAGAAGUUGUAAGGACAGCAGAGACUCCUUGACCCGCAUUUUCUGGGGUGUGCUGGGCUGCAGGGGGACACCGCUGGGUCCUGGAAGUGAGAGGCCCAGGUGCGGGUGAGCACAACCAAACGGCAAGUGCUUGUUAACAUGAUGAGAAUUAUUGAUAUCAGCCGAUGGAGCCUAGAACAGAGCCUCGCCACGACGGCUGCGUAACGGGGGGAACUGGCAGCUGCAGGAGGCUGCUGAGACAAAACCUCUCACUGAGUUUCAGGACCAUGUUUUGGCAUGCUGCUGCCUGUUAAGAGCAUGGAUCUGGAAACCUCAGGCCUUGACUGAAGGGAAGCUGCACUUCAUUUUACCAGGCAGGUUUUGUGGAAGCAAGGAGGAGGAGAACACAACUGAAAGGAGACACAGGAGCAAUCCCUUUCUUCAAGGAGCUCAGGAGUUACUCUGCUGAGCCUGGAGGCUCCAUUCGCUGCUCUCCAGUAAGAUGAAUGGGGGGUGGGGGGAAUAUCUCUUACUGGGGGCAGAUACCUUUAGGGCAGGAGUUAGCCAGCAGCCUCUGCUGUGAUAUAUAUGAGAUCUACUGAAGAAGCGCUUGCCUGACGCCCACCGGGCAGACUUUUUAAUGCAGUUAUUUAGCCUGACCUUUCCUGCCCUCCGCAGCACACUCUCUACAGCAGGGAAUCUUGCUGAGGGGAGAGGACAGAAGGUAGGGAGGAAAACUGAGGCUCCUGCCUGUUUUCCCACUGUAAUAGCAGCCAUAAUGGCUAAUUCUAGACCAGAAAUUAUUUGUUGCCAUUACAGAGUACCAGGUAAUAGCUUUCAGGUUUGCCCAGGGAUGUUUUUAUCAGAGAUUGGUAGGCAGUGGAAUUUUUAGUAUUGCUGGGCCUGUAUUUUCAGGGCCCGGGGGUUUUAGUUUUCCAAUUUUAGUUCAUUUAAAUACAUCAUUCAUGUGACUAAUAUUAAAACCAAGCGUGGGAACAGUGUAUCACGGUAUUUUAAACAACAAGUAUUUAGCGUGGAUUUAGUUGUAGCAAAAGCUUUGUACUGUAAUAAAGUAAAGAGCAGCUCUACUUCCAGCUGGGAUUACCAUG